ACAUUCCUUUUUCCUAUUCUUGAAUAUUCGAAUUUGAUGAUUUAAAUAUUGGAUUUUUCUUUAAAAAUAUUGAUACUUGAUAUUCAUCAUUAUUUUUCGCCACAAUGUUUUCAUCGUCCACAAAUGACUAUGUUGAUAGAUUUCUAUCAGUAUUGGAUCAAAAUGAAAAAAAUUUGAUGCAAUUUUUGGAAUCAUCAUUGGCUGAUGAAGAAUACAAUAAACUUUUGGAUGAAUAUCGACGUCAAAGCAUUAUGGAAUCAACAAAUCUUUCUGAAUUGGAUCGCAUCGAAAAUCGUUAUAUUGAGGUUGAAUCAUUAUCAUCAUCGGAUGAUGAAUACGGUGAACGUAUUGACAAUGAAAAUCAACUACUAAAUAAUAAUAUACAUAGAAAUCGACCGAUGACAGUGGAUUGUUCAACACAGACAGAAGAUACCAUGGCUACCAUAAGUGAUAAACAUUGCGAAAUGAUAUCCGAAUUGGAGCAAAUGAAAUCUCAAUUUGACAAUUUUUCACAACAAAUCCAAUCUUUGAAUAAUGUUUUCAACCAUUAUCGACAACAAUCACCGUAUCAACAAGACCAACAAACAUCGGUUACAAUGAAUGUGGCAUCUACAAGUUCCGGAGAUAGUUCGAUCAAUAACAACAAUAUAAACAUGAUGGAUGAUCGGAAAUUUUCCUGUCCAAAAUGUCGAUUCAAAUUCAAAACAAGAGCUACGUUUAGUCGUCAUUUAAGAAGUCAUCGUCCAGGUCAAAAAUAUUUCUGUGAAAAAUGUGGCAAUCUUUUCAAAAAUAGAAUAACUCUCCGCAAUCAUUAUCUUUUACAUUCGAAUUUGAAACCAUUUAAAUGUCACAAAUGUAAUGAUAAAUUUAAACGUCAAGAUUAUCUUCACUACCAUAUGAAACGAUACCAUCCUUAAAUUGUGAUUAUGAUGCUGUUGAUAUGAUUCACAAUAGAAUUUGUGGAAAUUCCAACCCAUCCAUAAUGUAAUUAUAAUACAUUGUGAAACGUAUGAAAAAUAUCAUU